AUGACGUGUUAUUUAGGUUAUGGAAUUGUUGUUUUAUAUCAAACAGACAUAUCAGGUACUUUAAAGUACGACAACAUUCCUGGACUAUUACAGGGCAAUAGUUAUGUAAUAAUGUGUGUAUUCGUUGGAAUUUGGAAUCUUAUUCAUACUGUUCCUCGACUUUCAUUUCUUCAGGAUUUAUUUAAAGUUUCAUCAAAUGUACCCAAAGAGGCAUUUCAAAAAAUUGGACUAUUCAUUUAUAUAAAAGAUAUAUUUGGUUUCAUUUUUUUAAUAGGACAAAUUCCAAAUAUUUCUGAUAAAAAUAUUUAUGUUGCAGUAUGUAAAGCUUAUUCAUUAUAUGCAACAUUGGUGAUAUAUUUGACAGACUGUCUAUAUAUGAAUAUUGUAUUGGUAUUGUUGAUAUGUUUUAAAAAUAUUAAUGAAAAUCUUAUUAAAUUGAAGAAUAAUAUUUUAAUGAAUGAAAAUCAAUUAUUGGUGACAUUUUUUCAUGAACGUAAAAAUUCAAUUUCAAUUUUAAAAUUGCAAUCAAUUAAAGAAAUGCAUUUUUCCGUUAGUCAAGUUCUUGAGAAACUUAAUUCAACAUAUAGUUUUCAAAUUGUUUCAUCAAUUAUUUUAACAUUUACAGAAAUUACGUUGAGUUUAUAUUUUUAUUUAUUACAUAGUCGUAGUGAAAAAAAAAUUAAUUUGGAAAAACAAAUUUGGUAUUCGUAUUUUAUAACAUCGGUAUCGUAUUAUUCUGUAAAGUUCACUGGCUUGAUUUGGGCGUGUCAAUUAAACAAAAAUGAAGCAAUGUCAACAGGUACUUUGGUUCAUGAAGUUCUACUAAAUUCUGAUGAACAACAAUUAAAAGAUGAACUUCAACUAUUUUCGUUGCAAAUACUUCAGCGAGAUAAUUCACUUAUGGCAAGAGGAAUAACUUUAGAUGCGAGUUUGCUGACAGCGCUUGUUGGUGGGAUUACAACUUAUUUAUUAAUUUUGAUACAAUUUCUUGUCUCAUCAAAACCUUUUUGUGAAGAAAGAUAAUUGACAUAUUCACAUGGAAAAAAAUUGUCACUUAUAGAAAUUUCUAUUGAAAUUUUGUUUCUUUUAAUUUAAAAUAACAAAUAGUAAUUAUUACAGAGUUAUAUGUAUAUAAUUUCAAUCAAUAAGUUUAA